AUGACAGUCCCCGAGGUCAAAAAGAACGAACAGCAAGAGCACGCGGCGAAUUGGGUGCCUAUCAACGAGGUGCCGGUCUACACGCCGCGAAAGACGACGAUCGUGUGCGCGGGCGCGGGAUAUGGUGGGCUUAUGCUUGCGUAUAAGAUCCAGGAGGAGCUCAAGUGUGAGGAUCUGAUCGAGCUCAUUAUUCUCGAGAAGAAUGACCACGUCGGCGGAACUUGGUACGAGAAUCACUACGCGGGUGCAGCAUGCGAUGUCCCCGCGCACAUCUACACGUUCAUGUUCGAGCCCAACCCGGACUGGUCGAGUUUCUACGUGGGCUCCCGCGAGAUUCUCGAGUACAUCACGCGCACGACGAAGAAGUACAAUCUCGACAAGAACGUGCAGUUCAGCCGCAAGAUCACUAAAGUGGCCUGGGACAACGACACCGGCAAGUGGCAUGUCUCUGCGACCGACCUCACGAACUCGUCGACGGUCGGGUACGAGGCUGAUGUGUUUGUGGAUGCCUCGGGCGUUUUGAACAAGUGGGAGUUCCCCAAGAUCAAGGGCAUCAACGACUUUAAAGGCCAUCUCGUGCACUCGGUCUCAUGGGACGACGACCACUCGUACGCAGGCGAGCGCGUGGCAGUCAUCGGCAACGGCUCGUCCGCGAUCCAGAUCAUGCCGGUGAUUGCAAAGGAGGCGAGCUACGUCGCGAACCUGAUCCGCAAUCCGACGUGGGUGAGCACCGGGUACGCGGCGCAUUUGUCGCGCACGGGCAGGAACUUCAAGUACACAGAGGAGGAGAAGAGGCGGUUCCGCGAGGACCCCGCGCACUUUCUCGAGUACCGGCACCGCAUGGAGCACGAGUUCAACAAGUUCUUCUACGCGCUCUUCAACGACUCGCCCGAGCAGCAGGCCGUUCAUGAGCAGUUCACCGAGAUCAUGCGCCAGCGGCUCAACUACGACGAGGAGCUGUGCGCGCGCCUGAUCCCGGACUGGAAGGUCGGCUGCCGCAGACUGACGCCGGGCGACAACUAUCUCGAGUGCUUUGCGAGCGGCCAGGCCGAGCUGGUGACGCAGCCGAUCGACCACAUUGGCGAGCACUCGAUCGUGCUCACCGACGGGCGCGAGAUCGAGGUCGACGCGAUCAUCGCCGCGACCGGGUUCGACGUGUCGUACCUGCCCAAGUGGCAGACGUCCGGACGCAAGGGCGCGAGUCUGGAGAAGCUGUGGGCGGACGUGCCGACGGCGUACUUUAGCGUGUGCGCGCCGGAGAUGCCAAACUACUUUAUCGUGAAUGGGCCGAACUGCCCGAUCGGCCACGGGUCGUUGCUGUCGGUGAUGAAGUGGACGAUUGACUAUGCGGUCGCGUGGACGCAGAAGCUGGCGCGGGAGGACAUCAAGUCGUUUGUGCCGAGCGCGGGCGCGGUCGCGGACUACAACGAGUACACGCAGGAGUUCCUGAAGCGCACGGUGUGGACGAGCGGGUGCGUGUCGUGGUAUAAGAAGCAGGGACGGGUGACGGCGAUGUACGGCGGCAGCAUUCUGCAUUACAAGCAGAUACUGGACAACAUCCGGGGCGAGGACUUUGAGAUCGAGUACCGGUCGCCGAACCGGUUCCGGUUUAUGGGGAACGGGCUGACGAACGCGGAGGUCGAGGGAGGAGACCUGGCGACGUACAUCAACAAGUAG